AUGCCGACAGAGGACGACGAGCCCGAUUUCCCCCACCAACCACUCCUCCCCACGGCUUCGUCCGACUACGAUGUGGUCCAUGCGCCCGAGCUGAGUUAUGUAGGGGGCUGGUUCAUCUGGGCCCUCACCUUCUCCGCCGGAAUCAGCGGGCUUUUGUUUGGCUAUGAUACGGGAGUGAUCUCGUCGACCUUGGUGACCGUGGGCUCCGACCUCUCGGGUCGCGACCUCACCACUCUUGACAAGAGUCUCAUCACCUCAUGUACCAGUCUAUUUGCACUCUUCGCGAGUCCCCUGACGGGGAUUCUGGCCGAUAAACUCGGCCGGCGCAAGGUCAUUCUUGGCGCGGAUGCUUUGUUUGCGCUCGGAGCUUUGAUCCAGGCGGGUACGAGUCAUGUCGGGGGCAUGAUUUUUGGUCGGAGUAUUGUUGGUCUUGCGGUUGGUAGUGCUAGUGCCGUGACUCCACUGUAUGUUCGACGGAUGGCUUCAACCGACAGUGGUAGCUAA